AGUUUUACAGAGCAUUGGCGAUUUAUUUUGAAACCGGAAGUGAACCUCUACAGCUCGUCCACUAAUGCCUAUGGCCCCGGAAAGAUAAGUGGGCCCUCCGAAGAUGGCUGGAGUGUUUGAGGUGGAGGUUGACGGUGUAGAGCACGACCAUGGACUGGAGCACCAGAAUGACGCAAACCAGUUCGAUGUGUCCAAGCUUUCCCCAGAGGAGAAAUGGAGGAUGGAGCAUGCAAAAAUGCACGCUAAACACAAAGGGCACGAGGCCAUGCAUGCAGAGAUGGUGCUGAUCCUCAUCGUCACCUUGGUUGUUGCACAGCUCGUCCUCGUUCAGUGGAAACAGAGACAUCCAAAGUCAUACAAUCUGGUGACUCUGUUCCAGAUGUGGGUAGUCCCUCUCUACUUUACUACCAAACUUCACUGGUGGAGGUUCCUGACCACGUGGUUUAUCUUCUCUGUCAUCACAGCAUACAUAUCCUUCCGGGCCACUCGCAAGCCACUGGCCUGCACUACACCUAGGUUGGUGUACAAGUGGUUCCUCCUUCUGUACAAGAUCAGCUAUGCCAUCGGUAUCGCUGGCUAUAGCGUCGUCAUGUUUACACUUUUUGGUAUUAACCUAAUAUUCAGGAUAAAACCAGAGGAUGCCAUGGAUUUUGGAGUUUCACUACUGUUCUACGGGCUGUACUACGGUGUUCUUGGAAGGGACUUUGCAGAGAUGUGUGCAGACUUCAUGGCUUCAACUGUUGGGUAUUACAGUGCAUCAGGCAUGCCAACCAAGCACCUCUCUGACAACAUCUGCGCUGUCUGUGGUCAGCCUAUACUGGUGGAUGUCAGUGAGGAAGGGAUUAUUGAGAACACGUACAGAUUAUCCUGCAACCAUGUUUUCCAUGAGUUCUGCAUACGAGGAUGGUGCAUCGUGGGAAAGAAGCAGAUGUGUCCGUACUGCAAAGAGAAGGUGGACCUAAAGCGGAUGUUUAGUAACCCCUGGGAAAGGCCACAUGUGAUGUAUGGACAGCUUUUAGACUGGCUUCGAUACUUGGUCGCCUGGCAACCUGUGAUCAUCGGGUUUGUGCAGGGAAUCAACUAUGUUCUCGGUCUGGAGUGACCCGAGAUGGACACAGCCUGACGCCACGCUGAGAAGAUAUGCACUGGCUCAAAGGACUGUGGGCCUAACAUGGAACUGAAAACCACCAAUGAAAGUGUCUAUAUACUGUUUUGUAAAUAUUUAUAGGCACAUCUGUAUUGAAUUUUAUUAAUAAUUCAUUAAGUCCGUCUUAAUUUUUCCGCGGUUCAUCACAGUGUCACACCCAAGUGAUUGGUUCGGAGUAGUAAACCAGUUUUGAAAAUCAUUAGAAAGGUGCUGUUUUUUUCUAAUGUAUGUUUUGAUCAUCAGAUUUAAGUUAAAAUAUCGCGCUGGAGUGUGUUUUUCUCAUGUCAGAUACAUCAAAUGACGACGUUCCAGAGCAAAUCGGAAUCAGUUUGUGAUUUCUUCCUUUAUUGUAAUUACUCAUUUUUGAGUUUCGGUUAAACAUUUGGGGUCUGAGUGACUUGUUUUCUCAUAUCACGUCAUUGUCUCUCCAGAAAAGCCCAAAUUAUUCAGGACUUGUUUUGGUCAAAUAUUUCAUGUUACUGGAUUCUUUACUAAAAAGUCAGAUUUGUGUUAUUUCCCUCUAAUUAAAAAAAAUCCAGUGUUUCCUUUACUGUAAUGGGAUAUCAACACAACUCCAAGUAUAAGGCUAAACAAUGAUGUGCAGUUAAAAAAAUAUAAUAUGAAGCUGACAUAAAUGGCAGAAGUACAACUCAAACUACCAGGUCUUCCACUUAUUCUCUUAUGUUGAUGCUCAAAUUCUAAAGUUGCUAAGGAAGGAGUAAAAACAAAAGUCUAAACCACAGUUCAUGCAUUUUUGUUGAUCCAUUCAAACCUAAUGGGAGCGUGUGUAACAUGAUGAUUAUGUUCAGUUGUGGUCAGUCAAUAAACGUCAUGGUUUUGAUCA